CCGCCGACCGCACCCCCCUCAGUAGCACCGCUAACGGCAAACCGGGCACACGUACAUUCAACCUUAAUAUUCCACAAAUAGAAUGAACUUCACAACGAAAGAAGAAGAGAAAUUGAUACAAGUCGUAGGCAAACAUCCAGUUCUUUACGACAGAAGUUUACCGGAAUACAGGAACAUUGUUACCAAGGAAAACCUGUGGAAUGAUAUCGCUAAGGAGUUGAAUAAGAGCUGUGAGGAUACGAAAAGGAAAUGGAAGAUCAUAAGAGACAGUUACCUCAGGUUCAAGAAGAACAAACGCCGCACCGGCUCCGCUGGCAAGAACUCUAAGGACGAGAGACACCAUCAGCUGUGGUUCCUCGACAAGGACAGGCCAGGGUCAGACCAGGACCCUAUAGCUUACGACAACGACGACACCAGCCAAGACUUCAACGAAGAAACACCAGCAGAAACCCCAUCAGAAAAUAUAGACCAGCUGGUUAAGGUCGAAAUCGAUGAACGCGUCGACGAAGUAGAACCACAGAAAAAACUGAAAUGUCGGACAAAGAUGCCGCCUAAAACAAAGAGACUCGCGAAAUUCUGGAAGAGAAGAGAUAAGAGAGUACAAAGUUCUGUAGCUUCGAAGUCGAACAGAGAUGAUGAUGUGGAACUGUUCUCUCGCCAUAUCGCUCAGGUGUUGAGGAGCCUGCCGCCGAUUUAUAAAGCCGAGGCCAAGAAACAAUUGAGCAUCACGCUGUCUAACUACGAGAUCAUGGCCGCGAGGAACGGCUCCAAAGACAGUUCGACGGAAUAGUUUGUUACCCCGAUACCGACCCCGCCGGCGUGGUCGACAAUUUCCCUCAUUUAGCGCUUAUCGCUAUCGACCCAAUAGGGUCGAUUAAUCCUUUCAAAUAUUCUUCCUCUCAGACGACGCCCUGAGCCGAGGUUCGCGCCCAACUGGGCACCCUCAGGCCUGUUGUUUUAAACGUUGUACCGGGUGAGAGCCUUCAGCGCUCCCCAUUUGUCCGGCCAAGUAGUUAAUGCCAUCUGCGGCAAAUCUACAAUAAGUCACGUCAAAAAAAAAUUGAUAGUCGUAAAAACAUACUCAUGGAUGUUGUAUUUAUAAUGUUACCUAGUAUUAGACAUACUAUAAAUGUAAAUAAACGAAUUAACCUUA